CUGUCAUUUAGAUGUUGAUAUGUAAAACAAAAUGGCAAAAAUCAACACCCAGCACUCCUACCCUGGUACGCACAGCCUGUCUGUCCAAACUGCUGAUGAAGAUAUCGAAAGGAUUGAAAAUGGCUAUAUCAGAACGCAUUCACUUCGUGAGGAUGCAUGUUCAGAACUGCAGGGAGUCAUUUCUAUGGAGGGAGGACAUGUACCUGAAUCCCAGGCGAGCUCCUUCACUGGCAGGGGAGCAAUGGCAAGGCUGUCACGAUUUGUCUUAUCUGUGAGGUCAUGGGCCACAAGGCACUCACACCCUGAUGACCAAAGGCCUGAUUCUUUCUUGGAACGUAUCAGAGGGCCAGAGCUUGUAGAGGUGUCCACCAGGCAAAGCAACAUCCGCUCCUUCCUGGGUACCCGUGAGCGGCCCGGGGGAGCAAACAGUCACUGGCCCUUGGCCAGGUUUAAUGUCAACUUUAGCAACAACACCAAUGAAGACAAAAAGGAAGAAAAGAAAGAGGUUAAAGAGGAGAAAAAAGAGGAAAAGAAAGAGGAAAAGAAAGAGGAAAAGAAAGAUGACAAAAAAGAUGACAAAAAAGAUGACAAAAAAAAGGAAGAGCCGAAAAAGGAGGUCUUUGUGAUAGAUCCUUCAAGCAAUCUGUACUACAACUGGCUAACUGUAAUUGCAGCACCCGUGUUCUAUAACUGGUGUAUGCUAGUGUGCAGAGCCUGCUUUGAUGAGCUACAAAUGGACCAUGUUAAAAUGUGGAUCUUCUUGGAUUAUCUCUCUGAUAUUAUCUAUAUUAUUGACAUGUUCGUCAGGUUCAGAACAGGCUUCCUUGAACAAGGCUUGCUAGUUCAGGAUGAGAAGAAAUUACGAGAACAUUAUACCAAAACUACGCAGUUCAAACUGGACGUGCUGUCUCUUGUGCCAACAGACCUGGCAUAUUUCAAGCUUGGUUUGAACUACCCCGAGCUCCGAUUUAACCGCUUGCUGAGGAUUGCUCGGCUCUUUGAGUUUUUUGACCGUACUGAGACCAGGACAAAUUAUCCAAACAUGUUCCGUAUUGGCAAUCUUGUGUUAUACAUUCUUAUCAUCAUCCACUGGAACGCGUGCAUAUACUUUGCGAUAUCGAAGGUGAUCGGGUUUGGAACCGACACCUGGGUGUAUCCCAACGUGUCCGUUCCGGAGUACGCGCGCCUGUCCAGGAAAUACAUUUACAGCCUGUACUGGUCAACGCUCACGCUGACCACCAUUGGAGAAACACCGCCCCCAGUGAAGGAUGAGGAGUAUCUCUUUGUGGUCAUCGACUUCCUGGUGGGAGUGCUCAUCUUUGCCACCAUUGUCGGUAACGUCGGCUCCAUGAUUUCCAACAUGAAUGCUUCCAGGGCGGAGUUCCAGGCCAAAGUGGAUUCCAUUAAACAGUACAUGCAAUUCCGAAAAGUGACUAAGGAUUUGGAAGCCAGGGUUAUUAAGUGGUUUGAUUACCUCUGGACCAACAAGAAAACAGUGGAUGAGAAGGAAGUUCUCAAAAAUCUGCCUGACAAGUUGAAGGCUGAAAUUGCCAUCAAUGUCCAUUUGGACACACUGAGGAAAGUGCGUAUAUUCCAGGAUUGUGAAGCUGGACUUCUCAUUGAGCUGGUGCUGAAACUGAAACCUACAGUCUUCAGUCCUGGUGACUACAUUUGUAAAAAAGGAGAUAUUGGAAGAGAAAUGUACAUUAUUAAAGAAGGAAAAUUGGCUGUGGUGGCAGAUGAUGGCAUAACCCAAUUUGUAGUCCUAAGCGAUGGCAGCUACUUUGGUGAAAUCAGCAUCCUAAACAUUAAAGGUAGCAAAUCUGGCAACAGGAGGACAGCCAACAUCAGGAGUAUUGGUUAUUCUGAUUUGUUCUGCUUGUCUAAGGAUGAUUUAAUGGAAGCUCUCACAGAAUAUCCAGAAGCCAAAAAGGCUCUGGAAGAGAAAGGACGUCAAAUUCUGAUGAAAGACAAUUUAAUUGAUGAGGAGGCAGCAAAAGCAGGAGCUGACCCAAAAGACUUGGAAGAAAAAAUAGGGCGACUUGAAGUAGCUCUGGAUACACUGCAGACUAGGUUUGCGAGGCUCUUGGCAGAAUACAGCGCAUCUCAACAAAAGGUGAAACAGAGACUUGCCAGAGUAGAAACCCGAGUAAAAAAAUAUGGUAGUGGCAGCUUAUCAGUUGCAGAAGCAGAGGGUGAAAAACCUGAGGAGGAGAAAAAGCAGUAAUGGAAUAUUUAUAUUUCCUCAUUUAUUGGGAAAGGUUGAAGCACUGAAAGCCAUAAAUGUAUGUAAAUAUGUGUGUGCAUACAUAGACAUAAUUAUUUUUAUAUGAACUCAAGAGAAUGGUUUUUAGCAUUUUUAACUGAAGAAGUAUUUUCUUGUAAAUAGAACACUAUUACCUUCUUCUUGGGGGGAGAUUUGGUCCAGCACUUGGUACUUUUUUGUACUGAGGGUGGGCUUCUUCCAAGUCAUGCUCAGAAUGUCUGUUGUGUUUGGUACCUGUAGGUCUUGACACACUGUCUCUUCCUGCGCAUUGUGUGCUAAGAAGGCAUUGUACUUGAACUAGAAGAGAUUAUUUUUUUUCCUUUUUAAGAGCUUAAAAAAUGUUGUUAGGGUACCCUGCUAUAACUUGCUACUUUAGUAGCUGAUUAAAUGUGUGGAUGGAUGUCUGCAUUUCUCAAAAUCUUUGUUCUUUCACAGUCUGUGCAAACAGUUGAAUGACAGCUAAGCAGUGUCAAGUACCUGGCCAUUGCAGUGCACCCUGCAUGUGUCUGCAAUAGCUGUGCAUUCAGAUCUUUAGUCUGAUUCUCUGUAAUGAACUGGGCUCUGCACAAAGGACCAUGUUGACAGAGUAGCAGUGCUCAUUCAUGUCCCUUCUGGCAGGGUCUGUGACAGCUUUUGCUGCUCUGCAACUGCUUCACCAGGGGAGAGAGCAGGGGAUCCUCCCUUACGUUUUUUUUAGCCCAGUUCCAUCCGCACUGGUAAAACCCUCACUUGGAAAGGAGUCCCCUAAAGCUCACUGGUGGAAGGGUAAUAUGGCUUCACCGAACCUGGGAAGAGAAAAGAGGGUCCUGGUAUGUGCAGGUCCUAUAUGUAGGGUGCUGAGUGAACUCCCUGGCAAAUGGGCAGUGCCCAGGGAGGCUACUGAGAAAUGCCAUAAGCUGGCAGGGCAGGCUGUCCCUGCCUGCCAGGCAGCUUGCUCCCACAACAGGGUUUCUGCAAGGCAGGGAGAACAGGUGAGAAACCCUCUGAGAACAGGGUGGUUUAGCUGGGUGGUAGUGGAAUGAAAAGAGACAG